UUUUCUCCAAUGCAUGUUGGCCACAAUUAUUGGCACCCCUAGUAAUUCUUAUGAGUAAAAUAUCUCUGAAGUAUAUUCCCAUUCAUAUUUACAUUUUUUUUAGCACACCAGGGUGACUAGGAGCAUGAAAUUGUCUAGCCAUGACCACAGGAGUACAAAUAUGUGUAAACACAAAGACCAAAUUCCCUUAAUCAUUCAUCACAAUGAGAAAAGCCAAAGAAUUUAGUUCUGAUGUGCAGCAAAACAUUGUUGAGCUUCACAAAAUAGAAAAUGGCUAUAAGAAAAAAGCUAACGCAUUGGAAAUCACCAUUUCCACCAUCAGAGCAAUAAUUAAGAAGUUCCAAUCAACUAAAGAUGUUACAAAUUGGCCUAGAAGAGGACAUGUGUCUAUAUAGUCCUAAUGCAUGGUGAGGAGGAGAGUUUGAGUGGCCAAAGACUCUCCAAGGAUCACAGCUGGAGAAUUGCAGAAAUUAGUAGAGUCUUGGGGUCAGAAAGCCUAAAAAAAUUACCAAACAAUAUCCACAUCACCAGUUGUUUGUGAGGGUUUCAAGAAAAAUCCUCCACGCUCAUCCAAAAACAAACUCCAGCAUAUUCAGUUGUCAGACAUGACUGUAACUUCAAAAAGGACCUGGUUCUAUGGUCAGACGAAACUAAAAGAAGGAGCUUUUUGGCAGCAAACCCACCAGAUGUGUUUGGUGCGAACAGGGAUUAAAAAGUACCACCUGAACAUGCUUAAAUAUACUGCUGGAUCUUUAAUGUUGUGGGCCUAUUCUUUUUUUGAUGGAGGUCCUGGACAUCUUGUUCAGAUACAUGGCAUCAUGGAUUCUAUCAAAUAAGAACAGAUUAAAAAAAAAAAAAAUCAAAACCUGACCACUUCUUCUAGAAAUCUUAUAAUGGGCCGUGGUUGGAUCUUCCAUCAGGAUAUCCAAAACAAAACAUCAAACAAGUGUCACUGAGCACAAAAUGAAGUUUCUGCCAUGGCCGUCCCAAACCCCUGACCUGAACACUAUAGAAAAUGAGUGUGGUGAACUGAAGAGAAGAAGCACCAACAUGGGAAUCUUAAGUAUCAGGAGAGAUUCUGUAUGGAGGAACAGUCUCUGAUCGCUUGUCAGGUGUUCUCCAAACUCAUCACUCAUUACAGAAGAAUGCUCAGAGCUGUUAUCUUGGGGAAAGAAUGUUGCAAUAAUUGGGUGCCAAUAAUUGUGGCCAACAUGAACUGGAGAAAAACAUUUAUUUCAUGAUGAGCUUUUCAGUUGUUUUACUUUAAUGAAAGGUUAGAAUUUUGUGAUUUUUUUUUUUUUAUUUAUUUUUUUUUAAAUGAGAGAUCAAAAGGAAAAACAAUGCAGAUUUAUUUUCAUAGCCACCUUUGCUCAUAUUUACCAAGGGUGCCAAUAUAAGUGGAGGGCAUUGUAAGUGAGUCAUCCAAAAUGUGUACUGUUGGUGUGCCUCCAGGAACAGGGUGGGGAAACACUUGAGCUAUGAUACUGUUUGUUCAGUGAGUCAAGUGUCCAUUGUUACUGAUAUAUUAGUAUUCAACAAGUCAUGCAGUUUCAACAUGAGGUGACCCAUUCAAAUAAAAUGGCUUUUAUUAGGUCACUAAUAUGAGUGGAGUCUUCAUCUCAUUAAUCUUUAUGGAGAAAAAUGGACAGCACUUCUAAAAUGAGUUUCCAUGACAUCAGAGAGGAGGGUGAUGUUGUUGACUUCCACAACCAGAGAUCAGGACCUCCAAAGCCCAGAUGUGUGCCUAUGAAGAGUGAUGAAUCCAUGAGAGCCCCCCUUAACUUCAGUGAUGGAGCAGUAGCCUCUGAUCCUGUAGAUGUCCAGACUGGAGACCUGCAGCCUUAUUCUCACCAACCGGUAGACGAUGAAAUACAGAGAGUCAAAGACGAACACAAAACCAGCAUGAAAAAUAAGUAUGACAGUUUAUUAAAUGGCCUCAAACUACAAGAGAAUCAAACCUUCCUGAAAAGGUUGUACACACAGCCUUACAUCAUAGAGGAUGAGAGUGAAGGAGUGAAAGAAGAUCAUGAGGUUUUACACAUGGAGAGAACAGCCAGAACACAACAUUCACAAGACAAUGCAAUCUACUGCAAUGACAUCUUCAAAGCUUCACUUGAACCAGGAUGUGAGGAGAAAGACAAAAUCAAGGCUGUUCUUACUAAAGGCAUUGCUGGAAUUGGAAAAACUGUCUCUGUUGCGAAGUUCGUUCUGGACUGGGCCGAGGGAAAAGCCAAUCAGGAUGUAGAUUUCAUGUUUGUUUUUCCAUUUCGAGAGCUGAACUUGAUAGGAGAUCAUCAGUACAGUCUUUACAGACUUCUGCUGGACUUUCAUCCUGAACUUAAAUAUCUGGACUCAAAGAUUUAUGAGGAGUGUAAAGUUGUGUUCAUCUUUGAUGGUCUGGAUGAAAGCAGAAUUACACUAAUGUUUUCAGACAGUGCAAAAGUUUCUGAUGUGACCGAAACUUCAUCAAUGGGUGUGUUGAUAUCAAACCUCUUGAAAGGAGAGCUGCUUCCCUCUGCUCUCAUCUGGAUCACCUCCAGACCAGCAGCAGCCAAUCAGAUCCCUCCCAAAUACAUCAACCGUGUGACAGAAAUUCAUGGAUUCAAUGAGCCUCAGAAGGAGGAAUAUUUCAGGAAGAGAAUCAGUGAUGAGCAUCAAGCCAGAAAAAUCAUCUCACACAUAAGAAGAGCAAGAGGCAUCCACAUCAUGUGCAACAUACCUGUCUUCUGCUGGAUCUCGUCUACUGUGUUUCAAAACAUCCUGAAACAAGAUGACGGUACAGAAAUCCCUCAAACUCUGACUGAAAUGUAUAUCCAGUUCCUGCUUAUUCAUAUCAACAUGAGGAAUCAGAAGUAUGAAGAGAUAGAUCCAGAAAAACUCAUGCAGUCCAACAGAGAAAUGAUUGUAAAACUUGGUGAACUGGCUUUCAAACAGCUGAUGAAGGGCAAUGUGAUGUUCUAUGAGGAGGACCUGAGAGAGAGUGGCAUAGAUGUCACUGACACCUCAGUGUAUUCUAGGAUUUGCACUGAGAUCUUUAAGGAGGAAUCUGUGAUUCAUCAGAAGAAAGUUUACAGUUUUAUACAUCUAAGCUUUCAGGAGUUUCUCGCUGCUUUCUAUGUGUUUUACUCCCAUCUAAUGAAAAACAUGGAACCACUGCAGUGUUUUUUGGAUGAUAAAUACAAGAGGUGCGGAUCUAAGAAAAACAGAGCUAAGAAAAUCUCACAGUUUGAACUAUUGAGAUUAGCAGUUGAUAAAACCCUUUGUAGUAAAACUGGACACCUGGAUGUGUUCCUGCGGUUCCUUCUGGGCGUCUCAGUGGAGUCCAAUCAGAGACUCUUACAGGAUCUACUGACAAACACAGAGAACAACUUCGAGCCCAUCAAGUCAUUUGCACGGUUCAUUAAAGACAAAAUCAAGGGACUGUACUACAUUUCAGACAAAUCCAUUAAUCUGUUCCUCUGUUUGCUGGAAAUGAAUGAUCAGACUCUGUACAGAGAGAUUCAGGAGUUUGUGAAAUCAGACAAAGAGUUGUAUCUCUCUUCUUCUCUUUGCUCAGCAAUAGCCUACACGAUUCAGAUGUCAGAGGAGAUACUGGAUGAGUUUGAUCCCAUGAAAUACAACGCAACAGAGGAGGAUAGAUGGAGACUGAUACCAGCUGUGAUAAACUGCAGAAAAGCUCUACUUGCUGGAUGUCGUCUCUCUGAUCAGCAUUGUGAAAGUUUGUCUUCAGCUCUACAAUCAAACUCCCAUCUCAGAGACCUCAACCUGAGUUUCAAUGACCUGCAGGAUUCAGGAGUGAAGCUGCUCUCUUUUGGGCUGAAGAGUUCACUCUGUCAACUGAACAUACUGAGACUUGCUGGAUGUUGUCUGUCUGAUCAGAGCUGUGAAAGUUUGUCUUCAGUUCUUCAAUCAUCAAACUCCCAUCUCAGAGAGCUGGACCUGAGUAACAAUCACCUGCAUGAUUCAGGAGUGAAGCUGCUCUCUACUGGACUGAAAAGUUCACACUGUCAACUGAUCAUACUGAGAUUGGUCUUCUGUAAUCUCACUGGUCAAUGCUGUGAAAGUUUGUCUUCAGCUUUACAAUCUUCAAAUUCGCACUUGAAAGAGCUGGACCUGAGUAACAAUGACCUGCAGGAUUCAGGAAUGAAGCUACUCUCUGCUGGACUGAAGAGUUCACACUGUCAACUGAACAUACUGAGAUUGUCUGGCUGUAUGGUGACAGAGGAAGGCUGUCGUUAUGUGUCUUCAGCUCUGAGUUCAAACCCUUCACACCUGAGAGAGCUGGAUCUGAGCUACAAUCACCCAGGAGAAUCAGGAGUCAAGCUACUCUCCGAUACACUGAACCAUCCAAAUUGUACACUGGUCAAACUCAAUGUGGAACAUGGAGGAGAGUUUAGGAUUACCGCUGGACUACACAAAUAUGCCUGUGAUCUCACACUGGAUCCAAACACAGCAAACAAUAAUCUCAUUUUGUCUGAAGAAUACAGAAAGGUGACAUAUGUGGAAGAGUGUCAGUCAUAUCCUGAUCAUCCAGAGAGAUUUGAUAAGCGUCCCCAUGUUCUGUGUAGAGAGAGUCUGUCUGGACGCUGUUACUGGGAGGCUGAAUGGAGUGGAUGUGCUGAUAUAUCAGUGGCAUAUAAAGGAAUCGGCAGGAAAGGAAAGUGUGAAGACACUGUGUUUGGAUCCAAUAAGAACUCCUGGUGUCUAGGCUGUCGUGAUGACAUGUUCGUUGUCUGGCACAGUCAUAAGUACAUUAACACACGUGUCCCUUUAAGCUCCUGUAAGAGAGCUGGAGUGUAUUUGGACGUGUCAGCUGGCACUCUGUCCUUCUACAGUGUCUCUGACACACACACACUCACACACAUACACACAUUCACACAUACCUCAUUCACUGAGCCUCUCUAUGCUGGAUUUGGGUUCAUGGCUCAUCCUUACAACUCCUCAGUGUCUGUGUGUCCAAUUGAAAAUCCUGUGAGCAACAAUCCACGUCACACGCACACCUGAAUGAAACAAAUAUUCUCCCUUUAUAUAUCUUUACUAUACACAUGCAAACAAAAUAAUUUAAAUGUGUAGGCUUGUUUGUCUUUGCACAAAAUCAGAUCUAUCUUUCAAAUAAUUUCUUUAAGAUAGUUUGUUGAACAUUUGAAAAAUAAAUCAGUAAUCAUCAAUGUCCAUAUAACUUUAAAGUGCACUUCUUUCACUUUGUUGGAAAUACAAAAUUAAUGAGUUAAUCAAGACUUUUUUUUUUUUUUCAAUAAAUGUCAGAAAUUUUAGCAUUCCAAAAGAAUUUCGCUCUAUAGGAUAAAUCUUGUUUCCAUUGGAAAAUGUAUCUGAUACAUUUACUGUUAUAAGAGGAACUAAAUUAGACUGUAUCAACUGUCAAAUCAAGCAUUACUCUUUACUUUCAAAGCUCAGAUGCUUUUUCAUUAGCUGUUUUUUUUUGCAUAAAUAUUGUUUUCCUGGUGUAAAAAUUGAACAAGACAUUCUGUGUUAGUCAGACUUUUGUUUACACUUAAUUAUCUGAAAUAAAUGUGCAUAUAACUGUCUCUGUACAACAAUCAAAGAAAACAACAAUCAACAAAAUCAAAGAAACACUAGCUUCACUACAAAUACUGAAGCUUGAACUGACAAUUAAAAGUUGAAUUGUGAAAACUACAAAAAAAAAAAAGUGUAAAAUACAAUUCAUUGUUUAAAGGCAUAAUUUUAUCAAAGCACUUGAACGUGUCAAGCGCAUGAUUCCGACUUCAGAAGGUGGAAGUAGGAAAUUUCAGAUAGGAUGAUGUUGUGAAGCAGUAAUCUUCCACUGCUUUUGCUUUGAUAUAAUAACACUUGUUGGAUUUGUACUUCUCAGAGCAUUGAAACAUAAGCAACUAAGAUUUUUCAAUAAACCCUGCUCAUAUAACCAUCA